UAUUGACCAUGAUCGUGAUCAAGAAUGAGAGGACGAAGUACAGGCGGCGACGGGUGCCGAGGCUCCAGUGGGGCGCCCUGUUGUGCGUGAUGGUCCUCAUCUACGGCUCUCACGCGCCGCUCAUUGCUCUGAGCAAGGUUGAGGGCCGCGUCCCUUUCAAUCCGUCCUCGUGCGUCAUUAUGAUCGAGCUGGCCAAGCUGCUCCUGUCCUUCGCCGCUCUCGUUACGACCGAGGGCACGUCAGCCUUACUCUCACCUCCUUCUCCGUUCCUCGUUGCCCCCUACGCCGUCCCCGCGGCGCUCUACGCCCUCAACAACAACCUGGUAGUCCUCAUGCAGGCUUACAUGGACCCCAGCUCGUUCCAGAUGCUUAGCAACCUCAAAAUUGCCGCCACUGCUCUACUCUUCUCCCUGUGCCUGGGCAGGAGGCUGCGCUGGGGUCAGUGGUUCAGUCUGGGGCUUCUCAUGACGGCGGGAGUGUGCCACAGCUUCGCCAGUCUGGAUCCAACAGACGUGAGCGCAGCGCAGCGAGGGGCCAGGCUUCAUAUCACAGCGUGGGGGCUCUUCCUCAUGCUGUUGUACUGCUGUGCCUCGGGGCUGGCGGCUGUUUAUACAGAGAGGGUGCUGAAGAGCCAGAAGCUGCCGCUCAGCCUGCAGAAUCUCUACCUCUACGGGUUUGGCGUAAUCAUCAACGGGCUGUCCUCCCUCUCUGCCCUGGUGAGCGACAAGAGCUUUUUGGAAGGAUACUCGUGGACCGUUUGGACCAUCGUUGCCGGACAGGCGGCUAACGGCCUCUUGAUGUCUGUGGUGUUGAAACACGGCAGCGGUAUCACACGACUCUUCGUCAUCUCCUGCUCCAUGCUGGUCAACGCUGUGUUCUCGUGGGCCGUUUUAGGGCUGCAGCUCACUUUCCUCUUCCUUAUACCGCUCUCCAUGGUCGCCCUGGCAGCUUAUCUUUACUACACGUAGAGGAGUCUUCACCAAAACUCUAGUCACUGCUUUAAUACUCAACUUUGGGUUCUCUUGUUUUUUCUUCUUGCCUUUUUUUGUGAGUUUGAAUGUGAAAAUCCAACUAUUACUGUACUUUAAAAAUAUACACUCACUGGUUCAA